CUUCCGCUCGCUCGGUGUCGGUAACGUUAUUGUGAUGGAGGGACGGAGGAUGGAGGACGGAGGUUUCGGAGCUCUCAUCCGGUCGUGAUGAACCCGUUUGAUGGCACCGGUUCUCCUCGACAUGAGGAGGCGGCGGACGGCGGGGUCAGCCGGUGUCCGUGGGCCCGGUUCUCCUCCUGGCUGGAGUGUGUGUGUGUCGUUACCUUCGACCUGGAGCUCGGACAAGCCAUAGAGCUGGUGUAUCCUCAGGAUGUAAAGCUCACUGAGAAGGAGAAAACCAGCAUCUGCUACCUGUCCUUCCCUGACUCCUACUCAGGAUGCCUCGGGGACACUCAGUUCAGCUUCAGGUUGCGGCAGUCAGUGGGUCGCAGAGCAUCCAGGUUCAGAGAGGACGUUUACAACAGGGACGCCCCCGUCACCCUGCAGACUGAAGUGUCCCAUUUCUUUGGUUACGUCUAUUUUAGACAAGUGAAGGAUAUCUCCGUGAAGAGAGGAUACUUCCAGAAGUCUCUGGUGCUGGUCUCCAGGUUGCCGUACACUCACCUGUUCCACUCGCUGCUGCAGAUCAUUGCUCCUGAGUUUUUCGAGAAGCUCCAGCCCUGUCUGGAAGCAGUGUGUAACGAGAUCGAUCAGUGGCCUUCACCUGUACCUGGACUGACCCUGAACCUGCCGGUGAUGGGCGUGGUUUUACAGGUGCGGAUUCCUUCAAAAACAGACAAACCAGGAGGAAGUCCAGUCAGAGAGACGACCACACAGGACCUCCUGCCAACUCCGACGGUGCUGCCCACCAUCCACGAGCUGGACCUCUUCAAGUGUUUCCAGUCGGUCCUGAUCCACCUGCACAUCCUCUGGGAGCUCACGUUGCUGGGGGAACCGCUGGUCGUCAUGGCGCCGUCUCCUACCGUCUCCUCAGAAACCGUGCUGGCUCUCAUCAGCUCCAUCAGUCCUCUGAAGUUCUGCUGCGACUUUCGUCCUUAUUUCACCAUCCACGACAGCGAGUUCAGAGAGUACACCACCAGGACCCAGGCCCCACCCAACGUGGUUCUGGGUGUCACCAAUCCGUUCUUCAUUAAGACUUUUCAGAACUGGCCUCAUGUGGUCCGACUGGGAGAAAUCAAGAUGGCGGGUGAUUUGCCUAAACAGGUGAAGGUGAAGAAGCUGUCUAAACUGAAGACUCUGGACACUAAACCAGGGAUCUACACCGCCUACAAGACAUUUCUGCACAAAGACAAGAUCCUGAUCAAACGCCUACUGAAGGGCAUCCAGAGGAAGAGACCGUCAGAGGUCCAGAGCGCCAUCCUGAGGAGGCACCUGUUGGAACUGACUCAGAGCUUCAUCAUCCCACUGGAGCGGUACAUGGCGAGCUUGAUGCCUCUGCAGAGAUCGGUGACGCCAUGGAAGACUCCUCCUCAGAUUCGACCCUUCAGUCAGGACGAGUUCAUGACGACUCUGGAUCACACCGGGCCGCAGCUGACCUCAGGGCUUAAAGGUGAUUGGAUGGGACUGUACAGGAAGUUCUUCAGGUCUCAGAAUUUUGAUGGAUGGUAUCGACAUCGACACAAAGAGAUGACUCAGAAACUGGAGAGUCUUCACCUGGAGGUCAUCUGUGAUGCUGACCUGCUGGGUUGGACCAAAGACAAGUCUGAGGUGGAAAUCGUCGACCUUAUUCUGAAGCUCAGAGAGAAACUGAUUAAAGCUCGACGGCAGCAGCUGCAGGUGAAAGACGGCGUUCUGGACAAACUGGAUGCUUUCAUAAAUUCCAUCAUCAGCUCGCUGCCUGAAGACCUGCAGACUGUACUGAAUACACAUUGAAUACACACUGGACACACACUGGAUACACACUGACACCUCUUGUGUUAACAGAAAAUCUCCUUCAACAGAUGAUCCAUAAAAUUAGUUCAUCUUGACGCCUUCAUUCAGUUUCGAUUGAUUCAGUUUUGAUUGAUUCAGUUCACCUGUGAUGAGGUGUUUCCGGUUCCAGCUGAUGUCUGUUAUAUGAAGUUUUGACACUAAAUGAUAAAUAAAUAAAAACUCAGUCAUAAGAGGAAGAGGAAACAUUAUGAGGACGACUUCCCCCAAGAUAAAAUAAACAGCUUUAUUCUUAUGAUUCUUUCUCCAUUCCAAACUUUAUUCUCAAACUGUGAAACAUUUUUUUGCAGAAUAUUGUGACUCAGUUCUCUGAAACACUCACAGUCUUGAGACGUUGUCGUAUGUUGUCGAUUAAUUACUUUUCCACUCAGUUUCAGCUUCAAGUGUUUGAUAUGAUAGCCAAUGUUUUAAUAAAUAUAAACAAUAAUAACACUAUUAGUGAUGACAUCAUCAUGAAGUUUAAAUGCCACAAUAUCUCUGUUGGAUUUUUAUUGUUUCUGCCUCACAGACUGAACUCAGUGAAUGUAUCCCACACUAAUAAUAUUAACAAUAUUAAUGAUAAGUUAUAUUAAUAAGAUUGUGUAGUUAUUUUUUAUUUUUCCCCCAAACUGUCUGUUUAAAAAAAUGAGUUUGAACAAUAAAACCUGACUCACGUUCA